CUGCGCGCCUGCAUCUAUUGUGAUUCGGCUGAAGAAAGCGCAUUGUUAAGAGAAGAGUGCAUCCACAAUGGAUUCACACCAUUAGCACUGUUAAGUGCAUAUAACAUUUUCCUCACAGACUGCGAGUGACCGCAUGAUAAAGUGUCCAAGCACACAGAAUAAUUGCUGAAGUUGCUGAGAUCCACAUGACACUUCUAUAAAGAUGGCUUUAAUUAAAGUUGAGAGUGAAGACAUGAAGAUUGAAGAGAUAUUCAGUCUCAAUCAUGAAGAUACUGAGGAACAAACACAGAUGGAGUUUAUUAAAGAGGAAAGUGAAGACAUGAAGGUUGGAGUAUUCACUCUGAAACAUGAAGAUACUGAGGAACAAACAGACCUAAUGGCACCGAAAGAGGAGAGGGAAGUAUUGAAUGAAAAUGAAGAGAAAGAUCAGAAUGAUAAUCUUCAUGAUUUCACAAUUGAAGAAAGAUCUUCUUUCUUACAGUCUGAAAUGACUUCCACACGAAAAGGAGCUCAAGAGACAGGAACUAAGGGUAACUUCACUUGCUUUCAGUGUGGAAAGACUUUUAGUCAUAAAGGAAAAUUUAACAGGCAUUUGACAGUUCACUCUGGAAAGAAGCCUUUCAAAUGUAAUGAGUGCGGGAAAAGUUUCAGUGAAAAAGGAAACCUUAAAACGCACAUGAAAAUUCACGACAGAGAGAAACCCUUCAUCUGCAAACAGUGUGGAAGACGUUUUAAAAAAAAAGGAACCCUUGAUUACCACAUUCUAGUUCACACUGGAAAGAAGCCCUUCAUCUGCCCUUUGUGUAGAACAUUUUUCAAGCGUGAACAAAACCUUAAAUCUCACAUGAAAGUUCACACUGAAGAGAAGCUUCACACAUGCCCUCAGUGUGAAAAGAGUUUCAAGCUAAAACGAUACCUUGAAGCCCACGUGAGAAGAAUUCACACUGGAGAGUUGCUUCAGCUGUGAAGGUAACCUUCAGUACCACAUGAAGAUUUACUGCUGAGGGACCUGUUUGAAUGUCAUCAGUGUGGAAUGAGUUUUAAAGACAAGAAAAACCUAGGAAUCAUUCUGUGACAUCGUAGAGAGAAGCAUGUCAUGUGUUAUCACUGUGGAAAGACUUCCAGGAACAAAGCAAAUCUUGAGUUUCACAUAAGAUGGAUGAUGGCAUACCAUCUUCUGUAGAGCUGCUUUACAGCCGAAUCGUGUAACAUUGACAUUGGUACCCAACUCAUUUCAGUCAAAACUAAACUGGUUCUAAUUAAAUAUCUUGAUUGCCGUUUACAGCUGAAUUUAUGUAUUUUCAAACUGAUGAACUUCACGGUUGUUACAUACUGUUUAAUUACACUCUUGUUAUUUUCCUCGAUUA